CCAGCCGAUUUUAAAGGACGAAAGCUGGCGCCAUCUUGCUUGUUGUAAUGAAUAAGCCAGUGGAGGGAAAAUACAAGUGACUUCAGUUUCCGAGAAAAAGGGUGAAAUUGCCCCCGUAGGCGAAGUCGACCCUGCCGCAGUGAAACCCACCGGGGGCAAUGUUUUACGCCCACUUCGUCCUCAGUAAACGUGGGCCGCUAGCCAAAAUAUGGCUGGCGGCUCACUGGGACAAGAAGCUGACCAAAGCCCACGUCUUCGAGUGCAACCUGGAGAGCAGCGUGGAGAGCAUCAUCUGUCCCAAGGUGAAAAUGGCUCUGCGUACCUCUGGUCACUUGCUGCUGGGGGUGGUCAGGAUCUACCACAGGAAAGCCAAAUAUCUCCUGGCCGAUUGUAAUGAAGCUUUCAUCAAGAUCAAGAUGGCUUUUCGUCCAGGUGUGGUGGACCUUCCGGAAGACAACAGGGAGGCUGCUUACAAUGCCAUCACCCUACCUGAGGAGUUCCAUGAUUUUGAUCAGCCACUACCUGAUCUUGAUGACAUCGAUGUAGCUCAGCAAUUUACCCUCAACCAGAGUCGCGUAGAGGAGAUCACCAUGCGGGAGGAAGUGGGGAACAUCACUCUGCUGCAGGAGAAUGACUUUGGUGACUUUGGAAUGGACGACCGUGAGAUGAUGCGCGAGGAGAGUGCCUUUGAAGUGGACAUCACGGCAGCCAACUCAAACCUGCUCCUAGAGUCGGAGCCUGGCACGACCAACCUGCCCGAUAAGUCCCAGUUGGACUAUGACGACUUUGGUGACAAUAACCUAGGCAACAGCGAUGGGGGAAUUUUAAUGGAUAAGCUUCUCAGUAAUGAGGACGGUGGGGGUAUUUUUGAUGAGCCAGCCACUGCCCCAGAGCCCGUUCCUUUGCCCACGGGUCCUGCAGAUGAUGAAGAUGACUUUGAUAAUUUCUCCCCCGCUGGUGGUCCGGACAGCCCGGACUCUGGACCUGCGGAGCCCCUGCCCACCAUGGCAGACCACACAGAGCAGACCACUCUGGUUCACAACGAGGAGGAGGCAUUCGCUCUGGAGCCAAUCGACAUCACGGUCAAGGAGACAAAGGCCAAGAGGAAGAGGAAGCUGAUUGUGGACAGCCUGAAGGAGCUGGACAGCAAGACCAUCCGUGCUCAGCUCAGUGACUACUCAGACAUCGUCACCACACUGGACCUGGCGCCCCCAACCAAAAAGCUGAUGAUGUGGAAGGAGACCGGCGGAGUGGAGAAGCUCUUCUCUCUCCCCGCCCAGCCCCUCUGGAACGGCAAGCUGCUCAAGAUGUUCACGCGCUGCCUGACCCCGCUGGUGCCGGAUGAGCUGAGGAAGAGGAGGAAGGGCGGUGAGGCUGACAAUCUGGACGAGUUCCUCAAAGAGCUGGAGAACCCCGAGGUUCCCCGUGUGGAUGACCUCAUGUCCCACACUGGCACAGUGAUUGACCAGACCAUCAUGGAGGAGCCCAGUGUUCUGCAGCCCUCUUCCAUCGAGGGUAGCAGGACCACCCUGGACGAGACCCUGAUGCCCCCGCCCUCCAGGCAGCGCGGCCUCAAGCGCAAGUCUAACGACCUGGAGACGACCCUCCCUAUCGUGCCUGUGGACCUGCCCCUAGACCAGUCCGUGCUGUCGGUGACUCAAGCCGACCUGCCCGAGGUGUCCCUGCCUCUGGAUCAGAGUGCCGAGAGCCUCCUGGUGCGCGAGCUCAACAUGGAGGAGGAGAAGACCAAGGAGAAGAAGGACGACAGCGAAGAAGAGGAGGAGGAAGAAGGUCAGGGGACAGACCAGGAUCAGGAGGAGAGGCGCUGGAACAAGAGGACCCAGCAGAUGUUGCAUGGCCUGCAGAGGGCGAUGGCCAAGACCGGACAGACCACCAUCAGUCUGCUGGAGAUGUGCAAGAACAACAACAAGAAGCAGGCGGCUGCAAAGUUCUACAGCUUCCUGGUGCUGAAGAAGCAGCAGGCUGUGGAUUUGAACCAGGCCGAACCAUUCAGCGACAUCAUUGCCACGCCUGGAGCAAGAUUUCAUAUUGUAUAGACAGAUUCUUCUUCCUUUUUUUUUUUUUUAAACUCUUCUUUGUAGUUGGAAUUUUAUACGUAUAAUAUUGUUAUUAUGAUAUUGUGUGGAUGGGGGCGGGGGGUUUUGGGGAUGUUUUUACCGUCGAAAGAUCAUGCCGUUGUUUUUAUUGUAAAGUCAGGAGCGCGGGUGUGACGGCAACAAUGCAUGUUUGAUAUCCAGCUACUGUGGUCCAAACCUGUCUGCCACUGGGACUAGACGAUAGUGUUUUGUAAUUCAUUUGCUAACCAGAUAAAGUUGGUGCAGUUACUUACUAUAGUCAACCAUGUUAAAGUUUUUUUUUUAUCUUUGUUGGGGGGUGGGGUUGGAUGGGUUGGGGGUGUUCUGUUGUUCUGCCUCUGAAAUCUCAAAGCACUAGGACCAUUUCCUGUUUUAUCAUUAAAUGUACAGCAAAAAAAUGUCUUAUGGAGUCGAAUAAAAUAGUUUUAAUAA